CAAGUAGAAGUAAGUAGUCAGUUAUUAGAAGGCAUCCUUUCUAUUCUUACUUAACUUCUUCUACACACGAUAGAUCCUUGUCAGACAGAGUACGUCUUGUUCCUAAACUUCGAGUGGAUUCUGGCAGAUACCUUUAACGAUACUGCACCGCAGUCAAAUUAUUUCCGUUAUAUAGCGUAAGAAUAAGGUUUGCCGUCGGUUAAACUGUCAGCUACCUCGAAACUGUAGAUCGAUAUGAAAUCAUCAAUCUCCCUAUCCGUAUUGGUGACGAUACUGGGCGCAUCGUCGCAUGCGUUCGUGCCUCCUAGUAGUUCUAUCAAGAGCAAGGAGAACAUCUACCCGGGCCCAGCUCCUCACACUUUGGUUGCGAGCAACGGACACACAUCCAUCGAGACCAGGCGAUCGGAAUGGAGACUGUUGUCGGAACCCAACAAUGACGACAAGGAAAAGGAAACCCCCAAGCCUCCUAUCCCCCCUCCCACACCUCCUACUUCGGAGGCACCGGUGGAAGAUACGGCGGAAAAGGAGGCAGACUCCGCGCCACCCGCGAAAGAGAUCAUAGAGCAAGAACGACCAAAGGUUGCCGUUCCAGAGCCUCCAAAACCGCCCCAGCCACCACAAAUGCCAUGGCAGCAACAAAACAAACAAAAGGAGCAGAAGCAGAUCAAGAAAAAGCUCCAGAAGACAACGAAAGGUCUGACUCCCGAAGAAGAAAAGAUGGCAGUGGCCUCUGGCUUGGGAGGCUUGGUGGCAGGUGCCUUCGUUGGAUUCCUCAUCAAUGCAGAAUUCCCAAAUAUCGACCUUUACGUUGCUCCUGCUCUGACACCUGCAUUCGGUGCGGUCUUUUUGUCGACGUUCGGUUACGUACUUGGAGUAACGGACGGAUUCUUGGGAAAAGUUGUUCGAACCACCCUCGGAGGGACCACUUCUGCAAUUGGCAAAGCCAUCGUGUCGAUCAUUGAUUCUGUCAUUGACUCCGCGGUCACGUCCGCCAAGAACAAGGUCAAGGAAACCACUGACGAGAUCAUAGCCAUCCCAGGGAAGGUAGCGGAUGAAAUCAAGGCCGUUCCCGGAAAGGUGGCCGAUGCCGCUGUGGAAACCGCCACGGACAUUGUGGAUGAGAUCAAGGCCACACCCGGAAGAGUAGCCGACGCCGCAGUGGAAACCGCCACCGGCAUUGCCGAUGAAAUCAAGGCCACACCGGGAAGAGUUGCAACAAAGACCAAGCAAGCCGUGGAGGAUGCAGUCGACGAUACGCUCGACGCAGUAGAAGAUUUUGUGGACGACGUCAAGGCAAUUCCCAAAAAAGCCAUUACCGAAGUGGAAUCUGCACUUGGAAUUCAACCUUCUCCGUUGGCCCCACCAAAGGCCCCGGAACCCCCCAAGGAUCUCCCAGGGAAGACAUCGCAAAAGAAGAGUUUCGUUCCCAGCAUUAGUACGUUGAAGAUCCCAGAGCCUCCCAAGCUGGAUCUUCCAAAGGCUGAUGCACCGAAACCUAAGGUAGCCCCGCCCAAGAAAUCCCCACCUAAGAAAAUCGAGUACUCGUUCCCAUCGGAAGCCCCACCGCCCCCCAAAAAGUCUCCCGCCAAGAAAAUCGAGUAUUCCUUCCCAUCGGAAACACCUCCUUCAAAGACGGAAAGUACCCCUAAGUUUGAAAUGCCGAAAAUUGAUAUUCCGAAGAAAAAACCGCCUGCACCGAAAAAGGCACCUCCAAAGAAGAAAGACGAGGCGCCGAAGUUGAAUCUGAGCUUGCCAAAGGUUGGAACUCCAAAACCACCGGCACCGAAAAAGGCACCUCCACCACCAAAGAAAAAGGCGGCACCGAUGUUCAACUUUGGUGCACCAAAGAAAGCGCCCCCUGCUCCAAAAGUGGCUCCCCCGGCACCAAAGAAACAAGCAGCACCGAAGUUCGGCUUGGGUGCACCAAAGACGGGUUCCCCUAAACCUGCUAAGGCUGCUCCAGCUCCACCAAAACAAAAGGCGGCACCGUUGUUCGGCUUUGGCGCUCCGAAAAAGGCUGCCCCUACUCCUGCUCCCUCUCCACCAAAGAAACAGGCUACAGCAAAGUUCGGCUUUGGCACCCCAAAGCCUUCCAAAGAAUCGCCAGCAAAGAAGGUUGAGUACAUCUUUCCAUCGGAGGCACCAGCCGAAAAGACUGAAGCACCCAAAUUCCAAAUGCCAAAGUUUGGGGGAGGCAGCCCACCGAAAAAAACAGCAGCACCAAAAUCAGACCCCAGCAAGCUAGCUUCGGAAGCAGCAGCCAAAAGAAAAAGAGAAGCAGAGGCUAAAGCCGAAGCCAAUCGUCUGCGACAAGAGAAGGCCGAUGAACUGAAACGCCAAAAGCAACUUGAGGCGAAACAAAAGGCAGAAGAAGCGAAGCAGGCCGCGGCUGAACGAAAACGCAUCCAAGAACAGAAGCAGCAAGAAAAGUUGGAAGCCCAAAGACUAGCAGCAGAAAAGCGAAAGCAGGAUGCCGAAGAGAAAAAGCGACAAGUUGAGUUACUUCGUGAAAAACAAGCCGCUAAGGCCAAGCAGCUGCAAAAAGAGAGGGCAGCUGCUGCAGAGAAAUCCCAGCGUCAACGAGCUGCAGCUAAGUCAGUCGGUCAAGCAAAGAGUAGAACCACGAUUUCACUCGGAAACCUGUUCGGUGGCAACGAUAAGGAAAAGGAGGUGAAGGUCGAUGUACCUAGUCAAAAGAUGAAUGCACCUCCUGGUGUUCCUAUUGUAUCUAACUGGAAGCAAAAUCCAGAUGGAUCCAUUAGUGGUAAAAUAUCAGGCUCUCCAAACUUUAAGGACGGAGAUUUCGUCACCACCUCAGCUGUUCCAAGUGGGGCGGUCAGUAACAGUGUGGUGAAAACGACUUCCGGCUCAAGGUGAGUUCUUUCCAUGUUGAUUAUUUCUAUGUUGUUUUUAAGUUGUGUUCUGGUGACUGUGGACCAUUUCUUCGAUAUCCUACUUACAAUAUCCCUAUCUCCUCGUAACUGAAGUUACUACUUGGAGGAGGAACAAAAGAAGUCAACAGGAUUUGGCUUUGGCUUUGGAAUCAAGAAACCAGCCAAAGCUGUUGCAGAAGCUCCACCCACUCCUGUGAAACAACCUUCAGUUGGCCAAUCCUUCGCAGAAAGAACGAAGGCAGCUGCCGAAGCAAGACGAAAAGCCGCAGAAGAUAAAAGAGCAGCAGCUGCUGCUGUCGCCGAAGAGAGGAAAGCCAAGGCUGCCGCAGCAGCCGAGGCAAAGAAACAAGCGGAAGAUCAGGCGAAGGCCAGAGCAGCGGCAGUGGCCGAACAAAGAAAGGCAGCAGCCGAUGCCAGGAGACAAGCGGAAGAAGAGAGGAAGGCCAAAGCUGCAGCAGCAGCUGAAGCAAAGAGACAAGCCGAAGAAGAGAGAAAGGCCAAAGCUGCAGCAGCAGCUGAAGCAAAGAGACAAGCNAAGGCCAAAGCUGCAGCAGCAGCUGAAGCAAAGAGACAAGCCGAAGAAGAGAGAAAGGCCAAAGCUGCAGCAGCAGCUGAAGCAAAGAGACAAGCCGAAGAAGAUAGAAAAGCCAAAGCUGCAGCAAUUGCUGGACAGAGAAAGGCAGCAGCCGAAGCAAAGAAACAAGCGGAACAGGAAAGAAAGGCAGCAGCCGAAGCAAAGAGGCAAGCUGCCCAACAGAAAAGAAGUGCGCCAGCGAAGAGCCCAGCUUUCUUUAAGCGCAAGGAAAGCACUCCUCCACGGGCUGCCUCUCCGGUAGGGGAGCAGGCACCAAAAGGAGUCCCAGUCAUUAAGAGUUGGAAGAAACGUUCCGAUGGUACGUGUGAAUGAAAGUUAGCUUUUAUGAUCUUAGAUCGUUUUCUUUAAAGAAAUCUCAUUUUCACCCUCGUUGAUUCAUUGAUCUGCAGGUGGCAUAUCUGGUCGAAUUUACGGUUCCCCGAACUUUUCUGACGGUGACGUUGUUGAAACAUCGCCGAUUUCGCGAGGAAAGAUCGAGAACGGAUCAGUUGUGUCUACCAAGUCUAGAAGUCGUUACUUCUUAAGUGCCGAACCUGCCACCAAGAAAUCAAACAUGAUGGCAGCCUUCAAGGAUUUGGCGGGUGCCAAGCCUGGUGCGACGAUCACAUUAACCAAAGAAAGGAAGGAACGAGACGCAAAGGCUGCAGCUCAAGCCAUCGAAAAGGCUAAACCCCGAGCUACUUUUUCGCUUUUUGGAUUCGGCGGUGGUGAUGAAGCCCCGUCGCCUCGUAAGGAGCAGUCUCCGAAAGCGAUCCCAGGUAAACCUAAAGCCGCCCCAAAGAAAAAGGUGCCAGUCAAUAAGGCCCCUGCUCGCAAAGGAAAAUCAGCACCGAAGGGUGUGCCAACCAUGAACCGAUGGCAGAUGAAUUCUGAUGGAUCUAUCUCUGGAAUAAUUUCUGGAUCACCGAAUUUCAGAGACGGGGAGCGAGUAACAACUAGCAUGAUCACGAAAGGAAGAAUAGAUCAGGGGGAAAUCGUCACGACAGGAAGUGGUUCAAGAUAUUUUUUGGCCUAAGAAGUUGAAGAAUAAUUAAAUAUCUGUUCUUUUCUUUACCAGUUGUUCAUCAAAACAUAAUCAUGUACUAAUUUCUUUCACGGUAUCAUCAAACAUGUAUGUCGAAAGCAGUUGAUAUCAGGCGUAAUGCUGUCAAUCGUUUUGGGAAAUUUUCCACAAAUUACGGUCAAUGUUCAAGUAUUCUGAUUUAUCAUGAGAAUUUUAUUGUUAUAAAAAUAGAUUAAUGAU